AUGGCAUCCUUUGAAGUCGAAAACAAUGACAAUAAUAAAAAGCGUAAAAAUAAAAAUGUGGAAAAGAGUAAAAAAAAAAAAAAACUUCCUGAAGUUGUCGAAAUAAAUGAAGGUGUAGAAACUGAGCAUGAAAUUAAAAUAAAAAAAACAGAUCCGGAAAAAGUAAAGGUAAUAAUAGACGAUAGUAUUGAUACUUCUAAAACCACUGAAAUCAGUGAAAAAGUUAAGCCUUCCAAAGUAAGACAGUUGCCUACUGUCACCAUAGCCGUACCAGGGUCCAUUUUAGAUAAUGCUCAGUCUCCAGAAUUCAGAACAUACCUGGCUGGACAAAUUGCAAGAGCUGCGUGUAUUUACAAAAUUGAUGAGAUCGUAGUUUUUGAUGAUGUGGGCGAACAGACUAAUGUGAUGAUAUCCAACAAAAAAACCGAAGGUGGUUCAAAAACGUGUAAACAAUUGGCCAUAAUCUUACAAUACUUGGAAUGCCCACAAUAUUUGAGAAGAAUAUUAUUUCCAAUUCACAACUUCUUAAAAUACACUGGAGUAUUGAAUCCACUAGAUGCACCACAUCAUUUUAGACAAGAAGACAAUGUCCCAUUUCGAGAGGGUGUGGUGUCAACACUUCCACCAAAAAAAGGUAAAGGCUGUAAUGUCGAUGUUGGUCUUAGAAAACAUGUACUAGUUGAUAAAUGUCUUCAACCGUAUGUACGAGUUACUGUUAAACUAAUUCCAAAUUCAGAUGAAUCUAAACGUCAAAAAGGUAUUGUUGUAGCUCCAAGUACACCCAAAAAUGAAUCUGGUAUUUACUGGGGUUACACAGUAAGGAAUGCUGAUUCAAUAAAUGAAGUAUUUACUAAGUGCCCGUAUCCUGGAGGAUAUGAUUUAAAAAUUGGUACAUCUGAUAAAGGUGUUGAUAUUGAUCAAACAGAUCAUACUCAACUUGGUAGUUUUAAGCAUGCGUUGAUAUGUUUUGGAGGAGUUCAUGGACUUGAAGCUGCAUUAGAAGCUGAUCAAAGCAUUGAUGAAGAAAAUCCAUCUACUUUAUUCAACGUUUAUUUAAAUACAUGUCCAAACCAAGGUUCUAGAACUAUUAGAACUGAAGAAGCUGUUUUUAUUACAUUAGCAGAAUUACGUUCAAAAAUGAAUCUUUAA